AUGGAGGAGCAAAAAGAUAGAUCAAAAAAAAGAGAAAAAAGACAUGAAGAGACCUGGGAUCCUUUUCAGCUAAAUCCAAUUGGUGCCGAAAAAGAACGUAAAAGAAGAGGUUUUGUUUUUUUGCAGCAUCUGUUUGCUUUCUUUGUUGGACUUUUAGUUCUGGGCUCUGCGUUUAUUAGUAAGGGUUCCCUGCUAGUUCUUACUACAAUGGCAAGUGAGAAUUCUUUGAUUAAAAAGGACAGGGCUUUCCACCUCCUUAUGGUUGCAUGCAGUUUAGCCGUACCAAAUGUGCUGCUAUUUCUGAAAUCACUUUGGAAAUGUGCAUUCAAGAGCUGUGUGGCACCUAAAAUUAAAACAGUGCUUGUGAUAUGCCUGAUUGAAUCCUUUGUGUCAUUUGGUACUUCACUCCUUGCACUAGUUGCAAUGCCCCAUUUUGAUAUUCUGACCAGCCUGUUCAUAUUAGGCAGCGUUUGUUUUUUCUCAUCAAUUUUCCAGGCAGCAUUCCAUUUACAGAAGAAAGCUUGGAAAAUAAUUUUUCCAAUUUGUUCUGUUGUGUUUGUGUUAGCCGGCUACAUUCUUUUAGGACUAGAUUAUUAUAUACGAACAACAUCGACUAUUACUAAUGGGAAUUCAUCAAAGGACUAUUUGUAUGUUGGUCUUGGUAUAUUUGCAUCUAUCCUGGUGUCUCUUAACUGGUGGGAAAAUUCAUUCCAAGCUAGUGAUAAACCGCAUAAUACCCUGAUAGAGUUGGAAGGAUUCAGAGACUUUGUAUUUGUGAUUUCUAGCAUUCUGAGGACAGCUGUUAUUGGCAUAGUGUUUGCAGUAUAUAUCACAAUUGAAGGUGUUGAUUGGUCAGUUUUCAGUAACGUUCCAGCUGAUACUGUCCAACGAGGUGUUGGCCUUUUUCUAUUGCAAGCUUUUGCCUCUGCUGUGUGCCACUGGUUUGGGGUGGUGAGCUGUAAAAUACAUGCUGUCCGCUGCAGCUUUGCUCUCCCCAUUGUGCUAACAACACCUGCGGUAGUCAUUGCAUUUGUGGCAUCAUUCUUGGUGCAGUUUAGCAAUAUCCUUGAAAACAAUAUCAAUGCCACCAUUGGAGGGUUUUGCUCAGAUUUUUAUGAUUACAAACUUAUGGACACUUCAAAGCUGGUCUUGGAUGAAAUCUCCAAUAGCAUUUGCCAUACAUCAGUACGGUAUAACGAGCCCUGGGGCCCUGCAGUAAUGGGGCUAGAAGGUCUGUGCUGGUGGGUCGGGCUGUUGUGUUCAACCUACUACAUUUGGACUCAGAAAUUCCAGAGAAUAGAACGGACAUCUCAGAUAUUUGUUCGCCGACUCUAUGAAGCUGCCUUCAUCGAUCAAUCCUUACUUUUAAACACCAGGAUCAUCAAAGAGAGAAAACAAGAGAGUGGUAAAAAAGUUGAAAAUUGCGUAAUUUACCUCUGUGCAACAAUGUGGCACGAAACUUACGAUGAAAUGUUAAAGAUCCUCACAUCAAUGUUCAGGUUGGACAGAUAUAGGGGUGAUGUGAAAGAACAACAUAAAGAUAAGUUUGAUUUUGAAUGCCAUAUAUUUGUGGAUGAUUCAUUUGAGAAAGAUACCUGCCAUGUCAACAAAUACGUGAAAGAUCUUGUCAGUGUUGUAAUAGAAGUUUACAGGGUAUUUACCAAUAAGGAGCCUGAUGAGGUGUCAAUAUUUGAAACACCAUAUGGAGGACGAUUAACCUGUAUACUUCCAGAAGGAAAUAUGUUAUAUAUACAUCUGAAGGAUAAACAGUUGAUCCGUAACAAGAAAAGAUGGUCGCAGAUUAUGUACAUGUACUAUUUGCUUGGAUGGAAAGGCUAUAUUGCUAAUAAUCCUCAAAGAUUGCAGACAGUAGUUAACCCCUGUCGAGCAAGUCUUAUAUCAAUGAAUGGAAAUGCCUUCAUUUUGCCUCACGAUGAAAAUAACAGGAGAAAAAAUAUAUCGGAUGAUAACACAUUUAUCAUGGCUUUGGACGGGGAUACUGACUUUCAUCCAUCAGCUUUGAUCUUGCUGUUGGACCGACUUCGAAUGUAUCAAAAUGUAGGAGCAGCUUGUGGAAGAAUACACCCUACUGGAAUGGGUCCUAUGGUGUGGUAUCAGAAAUUUGAGUAUGCUGUGGGCCACUGGCUCCAGAAGACAGCUGAGCAUGUUUUUGGUUCUGUUCUCUGCAGUCCUGGAUGCUUCAGUUUAUUUAGGGGAUCAGCACUUAUGGAUGACAAUGUUCUUAAACGAUAUACAACUACCGCAACUAAAGCCUCGGAAUAUGUCCAGUAUGAUCAAGGCGAGGAUCGCUGGCUGUGCACACUGCUUCUUCAACAAGGCUGGCGAGUUGAGUACAAUGCAGCUUCUGAUGCCUACACCAAUGCUCCUCAGGAAUUUAAUGAGUUUUACAACCAAAGACGGCGCUGGGGACCCUCAACGCUGGCCAAUACCCUGGACCUCCUGCACAGUGGUGCAGAAACAUCUAAAAGGAACAGCUCAAUUUCCAGAGCGUACAUAUUUUACCAAAUAUUCACAGUUGGUUCGUCCAUUCUGGGACCUGCUUCUGUUUGUUUGAUGAUAGCAGGUGCCUUUUCUUUUGUGUUCAAUUGGAAUGCAAACUUUGCUAUUUUAUUAAGUGUUAUUCCUCCUGCUGUCUACAUCAUAAUUUGCUACACAACCAAACCUUCAUUCCAGCUGGCAGUGGCUGCAAUUCUGAGUGUAUUGUAUGCCUUUCUGAUGACUGCAACCUUCUUGUCUAUUAUAGGUCAAAUGGUAGAAGAGAAGACCUUUAUCACACCAUCAGGCCUGUUCCUUGUGUCAGCCAGCAUUUUAUAUGUAACGACAGCAAUCCUCCAUCCCCAGGAGUUUGGUCUACUUAUUUAUGGCCUGAUGUAUGUAAUCUGCAUCCCAAGUGGGUACCUGCUGUUAGCUAUAUAUUCAAUGGUCAACCUCCACAUUGUGUCAUGGGGUACCAGAGAGUCCACCAGUGAGGUGGGAAAAAAGAAAACUAUGGGUGUGGUGUGUGACAAGAGGUGCACAAUGUGCUGCUGGGAUAUAAAAAUAGAGGUCAAUCAAGAGACUAAGAAUGUGGUCUUACAACAACUCCAACAGACAAUUCAACAAAAAAAUCUAAACAAACAACAAAAUAUAAAUAAUCUGCAAGAAAUCCAACUCCAGACCCUCCCACAUGGAAAUGAGGCAGCACGUUCCAAAAGUGAAAACUCUGACGAUGAAUAUGAAAAUGACAAAGAAAAUCACAAUCACUUUGAGGUUGAGGAUGAGGAGCAGGAGCAGGAGGAGGACAGGCAGCAGGACGGAAUGCAAGAUAUACCUGAAAGUGUUUGGAUUAAACCGGUUCAAGAAGAAUUCCUAAAAAAACUUACUUACGCUAACUUGAAAAGAAACCUGGCCGAGCAAAUAAAGCAUGUGCUGAGAGACAAAAGGUACAAAGAUGUGUGUGAUGAAUUGGUUCUCAUGCUAACAGACACUUUGAAUCAAGAACUAUAUGGCACAGUAGGUCCAGAAGAUAUAUUACCUGACAAUUUGAUAGAAGAACUUAAGGAGUCCCUAUAUUUUUCCGCAAGAAGAAUUCUGGCAAUGGAUGAAAUGGAAAUUCUGGAAAUGAGAAUAAAAAGAGCUAUUGAAAAAACCCUAAUGGCUCCUCAGGUGGAAAAACUACUUGAUGAAGAAAAUGUCUUUUGGAUAAAGUUAAUUGAAAGAUACUUGGAACCUUUGUCAGAGGACCAAACCCAUAAAGAAGAGGUUAAAAGGGAGCUGAAAUCACUUAGAAACAAGGCAACAUUUCUUUACUUCAUUGUCAAUGUCCUCUGGGUGGUUGCUACAUUUUUCCUUCAAGCCAUUGGGGAAGCUAUCAGUAUCAAGAUUCCCAAAGUCUAUCCCAAUGGCACAGUCACGAAUGAAUAUCUUAAUGUGGAGCCCAUCGGAUUGAUGUUUCUGCUGACUUUUGCAGUGCUACUUAUUGUGCAGUUUUUGGCAAUGCUGUAUCACAGGGUAUAUACCCUUAUUCAUGUGGUAUCCUACAGAAGUAAGGAAAAAGAUUACAAUACCAAGGACUCUGAUGAUGAAGGUAAAGAUGGAUUGACAAUUUCUAACAACCUCUCACCUAUCUUACUAUAG